AUGUCAGGCGCCUCCCUUCUCGCGCUAGCGAUUCUCGCAUCCUCGCUGUCGCUCACACCGCAUGCAUCGCAUGCGACGUCGCCUGCCAGUCGCACCAGCAGCGUCGCAGCGUCGUCAGUGGGAGCGUCCAGCUUCCUACCCUCUAUUCGCUCUCUUCUAUCUCGACGCUCCAGCACCCAGCGCGGCGAGCCCCUGACGUGCAAGCAGGAGCUGGAGCAGCUGCGCCAAUGGCACGCCGCCACGUUUCACAUGCCAGCUGGCGUGCACGGGGAGCCUCCAGCUGGCAGGGGCUUGGAAGAUGACCCGAGAAUGCUGAAUGACAUGGGUGGCAUUGGUGGCAUGGGUGGGAGGAGGCAAGACGUUGAGGAGGCGAGGGAAGGACAAUCGGAUGGGUGGAGGCAAGGGGAUGAGGGGAGCAGCGGUGGGGACAGUGGCAGCAAUGCGAUCGCGGCAGGGGUGGAUCAAGAAGCGGCGCCCUCAAUGCGUGCAGGAGGGGCAGCGGGGGACGAGUGGGGUGGUGCGGCGAGGGUGGGAUUGGGCGGGCAGCGCGCACUGCUGGCGGUGGGCGGGGUGGGGUGGCGCAAGAAGCUGCGCGAUCAGAUGGGGCGCCUGGCACGCAUGGACGCUGAGAUGGCUGAGAAGAAGGUGGGAGGCGGGGGGGUGGGGGGGAGAAGGGGGGAGGGGCGAGUGGGGGGGAGGGACAAGUGGAGGAAGGGGCAAGUGGGGAGGAAGGACGAGUGGGGGCGAGGGAUGUGGGAGCAGGCGAUGGAGAGAGCACGAGCAGUGGUGGCAUCGUGCACGGGCACGGGCAUGCUGCUCUCACACCCCUCACACGUCUGGAAGGCGUACGCGUGUGAGGGCAGUGAGGAGGAGCUGAUGCAGUACCUGGACUACAAGCCGCGCCACAUGUGCCCUGACGACUGGCUCGACACACAGGCGCUGCUCUUCCUCCGCCACUGCUUCGCCCUGCCCAUGCGCCGCUGCCUCUCCCGCACGCCCACCACCCACGUCGAGCCCAUGCCAUUCCCGCAGUCGCUCUUCUCCCAGCUGGCCCUGCAGGAUGCAGCAGUGCGCUGGCAGCACCACGCGUGCAAGUCGUACGAGUGCCUCAACAGCAACACCAACAGCGUGGACAGCGAGUGCGGGCAGUGCUUCAACAUGAGCGUGCAGAGCCGCCGCUGGCAGUCGCGCUUCCGAGGGGCGCUCUCUGUGCAGGACGUGGUGCGGUGGAAGCAGGGCUCUCUCAGAAUCGGGCUGGACGUGGGGGGCGGGACAGGCAGCUGGGCGGCGCACAUGGCACGGUACAACGUGACGGUGCUCACCACGGCCAUCAAUGCGGAGGCACAGGGCACGGGGCGGGCGUCAAUGCAGGCCCAGGGCACCCCGUACAUGGAGACCAUUGCUCUCAGAGGACUCAUUCCGCUACACGUGCCCCACUCGCAACGCGUACCACUGUUUGACAACACACUCGACAUCAUCCACUGCGGCGCCACCUGCAUGCACACCCCGCCCGUCCCUCUCCUCCCCUGGGAGCACAUGCUCUUCGAGUGGGACCGUGUGCUGCGGGUGGGGGGCGUGCUCUGGCUCGACUCUCUGCUUCUCCCCCUGCGCGACCUACCGCUCUAUGUGGCACUGGUGGAGGGGCUGGGGUACAAGCGCCUGCACUGGCACAUGCUGCCCAGGGGUGGCGUGGGGGAGAGUGACGGGGGAGGCGUGCAUGUGCAGUGGAAUGCCCUGCUGGAGAAGCCUGUGAGAGUGGACCCUAAGAAGGGGUGGCUCAUGCGCUGA